AUGUUUUCAAUCUCAACAGCAUUAGUUCUCCUCCUAGCAUGCGUUUUGCUAUGCAGAGCAUGGGCCAAGUUAGAACAGCUCCGUUGUGCACAAAGGGUAUCAAAAGACCCAGCAAUAUGCCGGGAGAUCAUUGCCGGCAAAUUAGAACACAAUGGACUACCAAAUAUCCUCUCGCCACAUGAAGCACGGGCAAUUCCAAACCGUCGUCUUCGCAUCGUCUUUGGAAUCGACAAUGCUUUCAUCCGAGCCGACAGUGUCCAUGCUACCGCUUUCGUCGAUCGGGUCAGACCCUUGAUCAACCUGUCCGCAAAGGAAUGGGCCAAUGUAUCUGAAUUUGCCAGGAUCACGACAAGCCACUGGAUCAAUUACGGCUUCCCCAGGGAUAAAGACUGCAAGAAUCAUUGCUGCGAAGGAAAGAAGCAUGGUGAUCGUCGUCAGAUCAAUGUCGCCAGUCUUUCGCAGUUACUUUCACUGAAAGUUGUGCUGUGGUUGAUGUUUGACCGGAAAGAUCAAUAUCAGAUCUGCGAUGGGAGUCUGCUUCGGCUGGCACAAUCCAUCAAUCGGGUCUGGGUAUCCUCGAAACUCGACGACACGAAGGCUUAUAUUCCGAGGUUUGAGGAUGACCCAGAGCUUCGUGCAUCGCUGUUCGGGGUGUUCGGGGAACACUUCGGUCCCGAGAAUAAUCCGCUCAACCUUAUUUUACCUUCUUUUGAGACUAUGUGGCGCGUUGUCUUGCGAGCCUUUUUGGAGAUCGGGUUUGUAACUGGGAAGGAGAUACCUGCGUGGUGGGAGACGAUGCUUGCUUUUGCCGAGCAGCCCAGCAAACGUCAAUUCGACUAUAGGCCUCCCUCGAGCAAUGCUCUCAAGGAAGACGCAGACAAAACUCAGAAAUUACCUAGUGCAAAGCACAUUGUUCAGGAAUCGCUUCGGUUAUACGUUCCCACGAGGAGGAUACAUCGAGCAUAUCAGUACCGGGCUACAGAGACAUCUUGGGAGAUCAGAUCAGCCGAUAUUGAAGGGUGCCAUUUGCGAGCUGAUAUCUGGGGUUCUGACACAGAGAGAUUCAAUCCGAAUCGAUGGUCAGCUUUGACACCGGCUCAGAGAGAUGCUUUUAUGCCCUUUGGCUCUGCGCCUUUUGAAUGUCCUGCCAAACCAACUUUCGCUCCGAGGAUGAUUGGGAUAUUGGUUGGCUCUUUGCUGGCAGCUUUGGAUAAGAGUCAAUCAAAGGCUUGGUAUUUGGAUUGCGAGGAUGGAGAAGUGUUAGAACAGCUCGAGUCUGGGGAGAGGUUGUGCCCGCAUAGAAAUGCCUACAUGGAUUUGUAUCUGGUACGUUCUGUGGAUAUUUGA